AAAAGGCAACAAAAAAUGGGGGGAACGGAGGUGGAGAGAGUGCAGGCACUGGCUUUGGGCGGGUUGAACCAACUUCCGGCCAAGUUUGUUCGCCCCGCCCAUGAGCAGCCUGAGAACAGCAAAGCCUUAGAGGGGGUCUCAGUGCCUGUUAUCUCCCUAGCUCAGCCUCAUGAUGUUGUUGUGAAGAGGGUGGCGGAGGCAGCCACCGAAUGGGGUUUUUUUCUCAUCACUGACCAUGGCAUACCGUCGUCUUUGAUCCAACAGUUGCAAAAAGUUGGUCAGGAGUUCUUCCUCCUCACUCAGGAGGAAAAGGAGGCCUAUGCGAACGACCCUGCGAAUGGGAAGUUUGAUGGAUAUGGCACUAAAAUGACAAAGAACCAUGACGAGAAGGUCGAAUGGAUCGACUAUUUCUUCCAUCUUACAGCGCCUCCAUCAAAGGUCAACUAUGAAAUCUGGCCUAAGAACCCUCCAUCUUACAGGGAAGUGAAUGACGCAUAUAACAAGGAAAUGCUAAGAGUGACAGACAAGUUACUGGAGGUGCUUUCAGAAGGUCUAGGGCUGGAAAGCAAGGUUCUGAAAUCCCAUGUGGGAGGUGAAGAAGUGGAACUGGAAAUGAAAAUCAACAUGUACCCACCAUGCCCUCAGCCCCAACUAGCCCUUGGAGUUGAGCCUCACACUGACAUGUCAGCCCUAACCCUACUUGUCUCGAACAAUGUUCCUGGCCUUCAGCUGUGGAAGGAUGACAACUGGGUUGCUGUCGACUACCUGCCAAAUGCGGUUUUUGUUCACAUUGGUGAUCAGAUGGAGAUCUUGAGCAAUGGCAAGUACAAGAGUGUUCUCCACAGAAGUUUGGUGAAUAAGGAACGUACGCGCAUGUCGUGGGCCGUGUUCAUUGCUCCUCCACAUGAGGCUGUGAUCGGACCUCUACAGGAGCUCUUGGACGAGCAAAAUCCUGCCAAAUACUCGACCAAAACAUACGCGGAAUACCGACACCGAAAGUUCAACAAGCUCCCACAGUAGGAGUGAUUUUAUUUCCAUUUUCCGUUUUAUAUUCGAAUAAUCCCUUCAAUGGUGAUCAUAUGUUGUCAUCAAGUAUAGGUGAGUUGGAUUCAUUUGCUUUGUCAUCAAUCUGCAUUGUUGUAUCAUUUGCUCAAGUGUCCAUGAAUCGUAUUUGAGUUCUGUUUCAAACUUUAAUUAUCAUUAUAUUUUAUCCA